AUGAAUCUGUCGAGCGUCAAGAUGGUGGAGAGAUUAAAGGAGAGUCAGCUAUCUUCUUCUGUACACCAGAAGCUGGUAGAAUCCGGGGAAAGAGAGAGAUUGAAAGAACUUCUGAGAACCAAACUCAUAGAAUGUGGAUGGCAGGACAGGUUAAGGAGUCACUGUAAAGAUGUCAUCAAACAAAAAGGACUUGAAAAUGUGACAGUUGAUGAUCUAGUGGCUGAAAUAACACCGAAAGGAAGAGCUAUGAUCCCUGACGAAGUAAAGAGGGACCUGUUGAUAAGAAUACGAACUUUCCUUGCUGCCAACUCGUAGCUUUUAAAAGUGCUAUGUACGAAGAACUUUUUUAGUAUUGCACUCUUUUUCAUUUCUUUUUCGUUUAGUAAUGAUUAAUAAAGCAUGUAAAUUUGA